AUGAAUUCUUCUUUUUUCCUUGGCUUUGUCGCAGCUACUGUAGGCUUCUUUACGUUUUAUAGAAAAUGCAGAUUCCAACAAGACAACAAAGAUACUACUAAAUCUUCUUCUUCAUCUUCUCCAUCUCCUCCAAGUUCUUUGUCUCUUCCAUCUCCUUCAACUUCCGUGUCUCAAGUUUGGGAACACCAUGUCUUCCCCAGCUUCCACGGGGCAGAUGUCCGAAAAACUAUUCUUAGUCACAUUUUGGAAUCAUUCAGAAAUAAGGGAAUCGACUCAUUCAUUGAUAACGAUAUAGAGAAAAGUAAGUCGAUCGGUCCUAAGCUUGUAGAAGCUAUCAAAGGAUCAAUGAUUGCAAUCGUCUUGCUUUCCAAGAACUAUGCUUCUUCGUCUUGGUGUCUUGAUGAGUUGGCAGAGAUCAUGAAAUGCAGGGAAGUGCCGGGUCACAUAGUCAUGACCAUUUUCUAUGAAGUUGAUCCAACUGACAUAAAGAAACAGAUUGGUGAUUUUGGAAAAGCCUUUAGAAAAACUUGUAAAGGUAAAACAAAAGAGCGUACUGAGAUAUGGAGAAAAGCUUUGGAGGAUGUGGCCCAAAUCGCUGGAUAUCAUUCUCGCAACUGGGUCAAUGAAGCGGCCAUGAUCGAAAAAAUAGCAACUGAUAUUUCUAACAUGUUGAAUAGCUCCACACCAUCAAGAGAUUUUGAUGGUUUAGUAGGGAUGGGAGCUCAUAUGGAAAAUUUGGAACCGUUGUUAAGCUUAGAUUUGGAUGAAGUAAGGAUGAUUGGGAUUUGGGGACCGCCUGGGAUUGGUAAGACGACCAUCUCCAGAGUUCUGUUUAACCAAGUCUCUAACAGAUUCCAACUUAGUGCAAUCAUGGUUGAUAUCAAAGGAAACUAUCCAAGACCGUGUUUGAAUGAGUAUAGUGCACAAUUGCAACUUCAAAAGCAAAUGUUGUCCCAGAUGAUCAAUCAUAAGGAAAUAACGAUUUCCCAUGUAGGAGUGGCAAAAGAACGGUUAAAAGACAAGAAAGUGUUUCUCGUUCUUGAUGAUGUGGAUCACUUAGGACAACUAGAUGCAUUGGCGAAAGAAAUUCAAUGGUUUGGUUCUGGAAGUCGGAUUAUAAUCACAACUGAAGAUCAAAGAGUUCUUAAAGGUCAUGGGAUCAAACAUAUUUACCAUGUGAAGUUUCCAUCAAGUGAUGAGGCUUUUCAAAUCUUUUGUAUGCACGCCUUUGGACAGAAACACCCAUAUAAAGGAUUCUAUGAGCUUGCUAAGGAAGUUGCAUACCUUGCUGGUAAACUCCCUUUGGGAUUGAAGAUUCUAGGCUCUGCUCUGCGGGGAAGGUCCAAGCAGGAGUGGAAAAUGAUACUGCCAAGGUUAAAGACCGACCUUAAUGGAGAAAUAGAGAGCAUUAUAAAGUUCAGUUAUGAUGACUUAAGUAAUGACGAUAAAGAUUUAUUUCUUUAUAUAGCCUGCUUUUUCAGCAACGAACGUCCUUAUAUCUUGGAAAACGUUCUUCAUAAGAAGUUUUUGCAUGUGACGCAAGCUGGUCUUCAAGUCUUAACUGACAAAUCUCUCAUAUAUAUUGACAAAUUCGGAGAGAUAUAUAUGCAUACUCUACUUAAGCAAUUCGGAAUAGAAACUUCUCGUAAGCAAUUCCUUCAUCCUCAGCUUUUGAAAUGUCAACUUUUGGUUGUUGGAAGAGAUAUUUGUGAAGUGCUCGGUAGUGAUAAAACAGUAAGAGAUAAUAGAAGUUUUAUAGGGAUUAAUUUAGAUUUAUCUGAGACUAAGGAAGAAUUGAAUAUAAGUGAGAAAGCACUUGAAAGAAUGUCUGAUCUCGAAAUCAUAAGAAUCAGUGGUGAUAAGGAGGAUCUUGAUCUUUCUCAGCUUGAGAGACUGCACUCACUUCUGUAUCAUUCUCAAAAGAUUAGAUUACUUGAUUGGAGUUAUUUCAAAAAUACAUGUUUGCCAUCUACUUUUAAUCCGAAGUUUCUCGUAAAACUAGAUAUGGGAUUCAGCAAACUUCAGAAGCUAUGGGAAGGAACUAAACAACUUAAAAAUCUCAGGUGGAUGGAUUUGUUUUAUUCUAAAGAUUUGAAAGAGCUUCCGGAUCUUUCCACUGCCACUAAUCUUGAAAAGUUAAAUCUCUUUGGAUGCUCAAGUUUAGUGGAGCUUCCUUCUUCUAUUGGGAAUGCAACCAAUCUCAAGACACUAAAUCUCUCGAAAUGCUCAAAGCUGGUGAAAAUCCCUUCUUCUAUUGAGAAUUUGACCAAUCUCCAGAAAUUAAAACUCAGUGAAUGCUCAAAUCUUGUGGAGAUUCCCUCACUUGGGAAUGCAACUAAACUUGAGGAAUUGGAUCUCUCUUAUUGCUCAAGACUUGUGAAACUCCCGUCUUCUAUCAAUGCCACUAAUCUCAAGCAAUUGCAUCUAAAAAAUUGUUCUUCUGUCGUGGAGCUCUCCGCGAUCGAGAAUGGGACUAAUCUCUAUUUUCUGAAUCUUAGUGAUUGGUCAAGUCUACUAAAGCUCCCUCCUUCUAUUGGAACUGCCACAAAUCUGACGGAAUUGAAUAUCAGUGGCUGCUCAAGUCUUGUGGAUCUCCCGUCCUCUAUUGGAAAUUUAACUAAUCUCCAACAUUUGGAUCUAUCAAACUGCUCAAAUCUGGUGGAGCUUCCUUCCUCUAUCGGAGAUCUCAUUGAUCUCCAAGAUUUGGAUCUAUCUAACUGCUCAAAUCUGGUGGAGCUUCCUUCCUCUAUAGGGAACCUUCAACGUUUGUCUUUGUUGAUAAUGUGCGGAUGCUCAAAGGUAGAGGCUCUUCCAACCAACAUCAACUUGAAAUCUCUCGGUUUUCUUGAUCUCACAGAUUGCUCGCAGUUGAAAAGUUUUCCUGAGAUCUCCACAAACAUUGAGUAUCUGUUGCUCGCAGGAACAUCAAUAAAAGAAGUUCCUUUGUCGAUCAUGUCGUGGUCUCGUCCUUAUGAUUUCAGUAUGUCAUACUUUGAAAGCCUCAAGGAAUUCCCGCAUGCUCUUGACAUCAUCACAGAUCUGCAGUUGAACGAAGAUAUACAAGAAGUUGCUCCAUGUGUCAAGGGAAUGUCUCGUUUACAUACACUUAGACUCGACAACUGCAAGAAUCUGGUAUCCCUCCCCCAAUUUUCAGAUUCUUUAUGGAACAUAGAUGCAGACAAUUGUCAAUCCCUUGAGAGACUGGAUUGUUCCUUUAAACAUCCAGAGAUCCAUCUGAGUUUCAGGAACUGCUUCAAACUGAAUCAAGAAGCCAGAGAUCUCAUCAUGCACACAUCGACUUGUCAAUAUGCGGUGUUACCAGGUAUACAAGUGCCUGCCUGCUUCAAUCACCGAUCUACUGUUGGAGGUUCCUUGACAAUCAAGUUGAAUGAGUCGCCUCUUCCUAAAUCUUUGAGAUUUAAGGCUUGCAUCAUGCUGGUUAAUACUCAUGAAGAAAGGGGUCUUCGUCCUUAUCAUUGGAUGUUGGUAUAUAUUAAACAGAAUGAUCUUAAAGUUCUGUGUACAGAUCAUCGUAUUCAUGCUUUAAAAGAGCAUAUCUACACAUUUGAAGUUGAAGCAAAGGAGGUGACUUCCACCGAGCUUGUCUUUGAGUUCACAACCAAAACAUAUGACAACUGGAAGAUCGGAGAAUGCGGGGUAUAUCAAAUCUUGGAGGCUCCUUAGUGUUAAUAACGAAGAUGAUGAGAGCUUCGAUCAGAGAUGGGAAUCGAUGAAGGAGGAUAAAGAACAACAAAAUUAGAGUUCAGAAGAAGAAGAAGGAGGAAUCGUCAAGAGCUAUUGAGACUUUUAAAUUCUUGUUUCUGAUAUGAAAAGUGCUGCGAAAGGUCGUGGGAUUGAGAGAGAACAUCAUUAAACAGACCAAGUCAGGCAGAUGAGCAGAACAACGAUAGAAGAGACAAUAAUUAUUCAACAUUCUACAGAAAUUAUGUUGUUAAUUAGAUUAGUAUCUUGGAAAAGGAUUUGUAAGUUGACAUGUGCUUAAGUCUCUGGAGAGUUGAAGUUAAUAGUUGGUGUUUGUUGUUGUUGUUUGCUGGACUUUUUGGAGAUCUUAGAACCUCUUUCAUUAAAUUUUUAGGUUAGGCUAAUGUACAACAAACACGAUUAGGGUGGAGUUCAUUGUUUUGAGAAGGUACUGGACUUGCUUAAAGAUGCAUGUAUGUGAGUCUUCGCUGGAUUGUAUCAGUUUGAAAAGUUGAUGAUAUAUUUGGAUGAUCAAGCAUUGAUAGAAGUGAUGAAGAAACUUUUCAACAACUAUAAGAAAUAGUCGAAAGAGUAGUAUUUGCAGGAAAUGCAACAGCAAGCUAUUGUAUAUGGCCCUGUAUCUUCUAAUCUUGGGGUGAAGCAGCGAACUUGAGAUUCAUGUCGGAGUGUCUCUGCUUCAUUUUAUCAUCAUAUGGCAUUUGAACUCUAUGGUAUGCUGGCUGGGAAUGUGUUAGUCCUAUGACUGGGGAAAAUGUGAAGCCAGCUUAUGGAGGCGAGGAAGAUGCAUUCUUGAUCGGAAAGUUGUGACUCCAAAAUCUAUGAAGUGAUUC